AUGUUCCGUCUAACGCGUCUGCCUCUUCGUCGUUGUCUUCAUACCGCCGCAGCCCCUCGGACACGCCAACUCUCACGGGCAGGUAUUGCUCUUGGCGCGUCGGCCGUUGCUACCUAUUUCGCAUGGCGGACCACUCAUUCACCUCUUGCUCUCGAUGCGCCAGCUGCUGCUGCGGUGAUACCGGAAGAGGAAGAAAAACCACCAACACCCACCGUAGAAGAGCCGCAGAGUGAGAGUAGUGGAGGCGGCGGAGGUGCUUACAACCCAGAAACCGGCGAAAUAAACUGGGACUGCCCAUGUCUCGGUGGAAUGGCGCAUGGGCCUUGUGGGCAAGAAUUCCGUGACGCUUUUUCGUGCUUUGUGCACUCUGAAGAUGAGCCGAAGGGCAUCAACUGCGUUGAAAAGUUCCAGGCGAUGCAAACCUGUUUCCGGGCUCAUCCUGAUGUAUAUGGACCAGACAUCAUGGAAGAUGAUGAAGACGAGACGCCUGCCCCAGCAUCCGCCGAUGCACCAUCACCUGUUGCCCCGGCAGAAUCUCAAUCUGAACAGCAGCCUCAAAAGAAAAGCAGCAAAUUAUCUGCACCCCCGUCAUAAUGCGCUCUCUUAGACUUCACCUCACCACUCAGUUGGAUAGCCAUAAUUAAUACACAUUUCACAAGCAAAACAAUACGCAAAUACUACAAGAAAGGCUCAGUCCAUCCUAAAUCUCUUCUCGAUAACGUCUGGACCAUCACUUCUCCUUGACCAUCUUAUAUCCAUUCGUAGAGAACAAUUUUGACCGCAAGAAAGGAGUGAUAUCGAAGAUGUCGUGCUCCUUGGCCUACAAACAGUUGUCAGCUCAUAUGAAUUACGGGAAGGGACCUCCUCUCACCCGUUCUUCCAAGUCCGUGAGCUUGACAGUGACGACCUCUGGCUGCUGGUGGCGCAAUGACUGGAGGAACCGCACCUUGUCCUUCACAAGUUGACCCAACAAGAAAGCCAAGAGCUCUUCAUGAUCUCGCGACUGGGUAA